AUGUUUUAUAACCUCCAGGCCUGUGUUCAAUUUUCGAUCCCGCGGUGCCUUGUAAAUCCUCAGAGGUUUAACAUUGAUAGUAACUGUUCCAUCUCCAAGUGCCCAGCUCAACUCAGUCCAGCGGAGGCACAAGAGCUUAUCGACGCGUUUGAGAUUUUCGAUAAAAAUAAAGAUGGGACUAUAUCAAUCGACGAACUUGGAUCCAUACUAAGAGCUGUGGGUCAAAAUCCAUCAAAUGCUAAAUUAGAGGAGAUCAUGAAAAAGGCAGAUAAAAAUGGGGAUGGGGUGCUAAAUAAAGCGGAGUAUGUCAACCUGAUAUCCAGCUACAUGGUAGAUCCAGAAGUGAUGAAAGCCGAACUCAGGGAAGCAUUUAUGACUUUUGAUAAAGCGAAAAAGGGUUACUUAAAUCUGGAACAAAUGACCAAAGCAUUACGAUGUUUAGGAGAGCCUUUAUCAGACAUAGAAAUUAAGCAACUAAUGGAGAUAGCAGACACAAAUCACGAUGGCAAAGUUGAUGUUGAUGAAUUUGUGAAUUGUUUGUGUCAACGGAUAUGAUGCAGUACGAACGGACAGUCACUUUAAAGACAUCCUGGACUUGUGAAGUUCAAUCCUAACGUUUUCCUUCAGUUUUGACAGUAUCUACCUCCUUGUAUGAUUGGCGCCACCCCGUUGUGUAUUUCAGUUGGUCUUCUAGUCUACAUAUUAGUCAGUACACUCUGUUGUAUCACGUGACAUUUCGCUGACUUACAGAUGCUUGAAACAUACGUAUACAUACUACAAGUCUUUCUUUGAAACAAAAGAUGAUCAUACUAAACUCAUUUUAUAAAUCAUACAUGAUUUCAAAACUACACAUUUCCAUAUUUUAUACUGGUCGUGCACAUUUAGGAAAUGUAGAAUUCACAGCGCUUCCGAAAGCUAUACCAAUAUAAAACAAUGGCUUCUUCCAAAGUGCCUAUUCUCACAGGAAGUCUGGCUACAUAAU